GCGUUCAGUUGUAUCAAAGCAGUUGCUCGAAUAACACAUAAUAUUCCGAUUGCAUUGUGGUGUUUAACUUUUACCUGUGUAUACAAUUAAAUAUAGUUUUAUAAUUAAAUUCUAAGUUUGAUAUUGUUUUUGGUGCAAUCAAUUUUUUUUUUUAAUUCACAUUCUUAUCUUUUUACAUGUACAAUUCUUAUAAUUAAUUAAUAUGUGUACCUGCAAUAUAACAAAAGUUCUAUUUUUAAUCUCUGCUUUUGGUUUAGUGAAUACAAAUGAUACAUUUACAGAGAACGGUGACAUGCUUCGUCAGAGACGUACGCCGGUGGACAAAUUGAGAAAAGACUUAUUGAGAUACUACGAUAAACAUUCAAGACCGGUUAUCAGUAAUAAUCUGACCAAUGUCACAGUCAACACAGUUUUGAAGUACAUUGACUUAGACUUCCAAAAUUCCAUAAUGACCGUUAAUGCCUGGGUAUCAAUGACUUGGCAAGAUGAAAAACUUCUGUGGAACGUAUCGGAAUACGGAGACAUUAAAUCUAUAAACAUGGCUUAUGGUGAAAUAUGGAUGCCUGAUAUAGUGGCCUACAACAGUGCCGAUGGACACACCGACGAAACAUACGGGAAGAUCAACUGUGUGGUCCGGUCGGAUGGUAAGGUCCAUUGGAUACCACCGGCUAAGUACCGGGUGUUUUGCGACGUGGAUUUCACCAGCUGGCCGUUUGGAGAACACACCUGUUCACUGAGGCUAGGUUCGUGGACGUAUGAUGGCAAUUCCGUCAGCAUGCAAAUCAACGAGAAAAUAAACACUGCAGACAUGAUCAAUUUGGACGAAGGGUGCAAAUGGGACAUUACGAAGGUGACUCAAAGACGAAGAGUCGAGAGCUACUCUUGUAAUUCAAAUGACAUAUACGAGGACAUUCAUUACAGUAUCACCGUGAAAAGGAACAUACCGACGUUCCAUAGUGUGGUCAUCAUUCCGGGAUUAGUCGUGGUGUUCUUGACGCUUUCCGUCUUCUGGCUGCCCCCGGAAUCGUCGGAGAAAUUCAUGUUGAGCGGCGUCACACUAAUCGUGAUCUGUAUACUGUUGACGAUGUUAUCUAACCAUGUGCCGAUCAUGAGUGAUCGUAUCCCGUUAAUAGUACUCUUCUAUUCAAACUCGCUGGGCAUGGUCACCAUAUCGAUGGUACUUUCAGUACUGUUGCACAACUUGGCUAAAUCCACAACACCUGACCAUAAGGUACCUAAAUAUAUUACAAACCUGUUGAACACAAAAUUUGGAACAGUUCUGCGACAUACGUCAUUCGAGAAAGAAGACACGGAAAAGCUUUUGGACGAGUCAAUUGGAAAUGCGUCAAAACAUUCACAUAUGAAACAAAGCCAAUGGUAUUACCUGGCGUUGAUUUUGGAUAGAUCUAUGUUUAUUAUUUAUAUAUUUAUAUUCAUCGCAAUGGUAAUAUAUUUUUUAAAAUAGUAUCAAAAUAUUAAAGAAUUGAAGCCUUACAUGAGAAAAGAAAACAUUUUGCAUUGUAUCAGAGUUAGUUGAUAUGAACUUUUUAUGAUUCAUUAUGUUUUAUCUGAUAAAAGGAUUACAAAUAUUUUGACUAAACAUAAAUGUAAUUACUUAUCAUGUCUUCACUGAAUUCCACCGUGAAAUAAUAUUUUUAUAUCAGUCGUAUUGAUUUAUAUAUUUUUUGUA